AUGGGUAGUAACGGCGUGGAGAAGGCGAAAUGCACCGACGCCAAGCGUGCGUACAAACACCUCGCGCACCCAAAGCGGCGGGCUGAAUCAAAGAAUCACGCGCAAGACAAGGAGACGGAGGCACCCUUAAGACGGCAAAUGGCGAGAUCUUUUGAAGCCAUGAUGGAAUCUAACGACAUUUCCAAACGCAACGAUCCAAUGCACCAAAAGUCUCGGCGGAAGAGGCAGCGUGUCCUGGAGCAGAUCGCGCCUUCCUCGCAUUCCAAACGUCAAAAGAGCGAUAUAUCCAAUGAUUCCGUCAUCAAGAAGGCGAAGGUGUGCGGAUCCAAAACUGCGGCGAGCGAUCCCAUCCCCUCCAGCCGUGGCGCGGCGACGGUGGCGAGAGUGAAGGCUAACAUUAAGGCUAAUGGCCGGCAUUCUCUAGCACACCGUGGCACAUCAGCAGCGCCAACAGAACGUGGUUAUAAAAGAUCAUUGGAGGAAAAUGAUGCGUCGUCUGAUGACUCCUCUGAUGAAGAUUCGUCAAGUGGAGGUUCAAGUAGCGACGAAGAUUCUUCAGCCAGCAGCAACUCAUCGGAUUCCGAAAGCUCAUCCGACGUAGCUACAAGCAGCUCUGACGAGGAAUCUUCUGACGAGGGCGAAAGCGACCAAGACUCUUCUUCGAGUGAGGAUGAUUCGUCUGACGAGCAUAGCUCAUCUGGCAAUGAUGAUGAUUCAUCUGAGGAAAGAUCAUCUGGUGAUGAUGAUGAUGAUGAUUUAUCUGAGGGAAGUGAAUCUGGCAAUGAUGAUGAUGAUUCGUCUGACGAGGAAAUCUCAUCUGGUAACGAUGAUGAUGAUUCGUCUGACGAGGAAAGUUCAUCUGGUGAUGAUGAUGAUGAUGAUGAUGAUGAUGAUGAUUCGUCUGACGAGGAAAUCUCAUCUGGUAAUGAUGAUGAUUCAUCUGAGGAAAGCUCAUCUGGUAAUGAUGAUGAUUCGUCUGAUGAGGACAGUUCAUCUGGUAACGAUGAUGAUUCGUCUGACGAGGAUAGCUCAUCUGGCAAUGAUGAUGAUUCAUCUGAGGAAACAUCAUCUGGUGAUGAAAGUUCAUCUGAUGAGGAAAGUUCAUCUGACGACGACUCCUCUGAUAAAAGUAUAGUUAGAAACAACGAUUCUUCGUCAAGCGAUGACUCUUACAAUGACAAGGAAUCAUCUGAUGACGAUUCUUCGUCCGAUAAUGAAAGUUUAUCUAAUGACGGCUCCUCUAGUGAAACCGCAACGGAAGCUGAAAGCCCUUCGUCAAGUGAUGAUUCAUCCGAUAAAGAAAGUGAUUCUGAUGAAGAGGAACCCUCCAAUGAGAAAGUAGCUGGAGCCAAGGAUUCUACGUCGAGCGAUGAGUCACUCAAGGAGGAGUCAUCCGACGAGGUGGGAGAUUCUGCUGAGGGAAAGGAAAGUGAUGGUGGAGACGCCUCAUCCGAUAACGAGGAUGAGGGUGAUGAGUAUGAUGACUAUGAAUUGGACGGCGUUGUGAACCACCCACUGGAGUCGCCCGACCCAGAUGCUGUUGACAGGAGCGGCGUGGUCUUCUGUUCGCGCAUCCCGCCGUUUAUGAGUAUCAGCAAGAUGCGCAGCUAUUUCAGCCGCUUUGGCAAAGUGGGCAAGAUAUACGCGGAACCGGAAACCAUAUCGUCGUACAAGAAGCGCGUUAAGCUGGGCGGUAACAAGAAGGUGAAGUUCGAGCACGGCUGGAUCGAGUUCCUGGACAAGAAGGUGGCCAAGCUCGUAGCUGCACGCCUGAAUGGCCAGCCUGUGGGCGAGAAAAAACGCCACAACUUCUGGCGUGACGACCUGUGGAACCUCAAAUACCUGCCGCGUUACAAGUUCCGUGACGUCAUGGAGUACCUGCAUCGGCACAAGAACGAGAGGAAGGAGAAGCUGACGUAUCACCUCUCACAGUCGCGCAAGGAGAAUUACAACUACCUAGAGCAGCUGGAGGCUGAGAAGCGGCAAAAGGCUGCGGAGGCUGCGCGCCGCAAGAGAGGCCAAGACGCUUACACGCACAAGUUAAAACUACGCCCCAAGGAACGCAAGCCAAAACAAGUUGAUGAUUCAGAAUCAAAAGUCCCAACGAGUCUUUUGGGUGCGAUUGUGUCGUGA